AUGACUUUUAAAGACUAUCUUCUGCUUGUUCGGUCAAUCCUUUUUCCAUCCACUCUUCCUCGCUCUAUUUUGCUUGUCCUGCUUUUGGAGACUUCUGCGCGUUUUCGUCUGGGUAACCGAGAGGGCUCAUACACACUUACACCGAACUGCACGCAUAAGUGUCGCCUGGAGUCAGGUAAAUUGUCACGGAUACAGUCGAGCCUGUGGCAGCAGCAUCUGCUCCGUCUGACUGGCAGUGAUUCCCGACCGCGUCGAGGCGAACCAGUACCGGACGGGACUCAACUCGGUUCCGUCAUCUCGCCAUCCAGGCCCGAGGGAAAACGGAGUUUAACGAAUAGUGGAUCGAGUAGAAGCAGUCCAGAUGACUGUGAAACUGGCGUAGACUCGCCGGAUUACAUUGCAAUUUCUACCUUGGCGGGGUCUUGUAAAUCUACCAACUGGAUUAGAGACCAGGUCAUGCGUGUCUUACGGCAGUGGUACAUCCACGUCAGGUUGAGUCAGGCCGCUGUUGAGUCACGGCUAUAA